AUGGCGUUCGUGUUGCUGCCAUGUGACCUGCCCACCUGGCCCAUCACGCGCCUCCUCACCUCCCUGAGCGGCGCCUCCUCCCCAGGACAAGUCGGCCACGUCCUGCGCGCCCUCCAUGCCCUCACGGAUGUGUCCCUGGACCCUGACCCUCCUGAGGGCAGCGGUGGCGUGGAGGGCGUGGUGGCGGCAGUGGAGGAAUUCCUGCGGCGAGAGGGAGACGCCCUUGAGGUGUGGCAGGUGGCAUUGCCCAGUCUGGUGUCCGCUGCUCUUGCCUUGAAGGACCUUAAGCCCCCACACGGCCUCACCUACUCCCUGCAGCAGCAAGGUGGCGAUGUGGUGGUGGCUCGCAGGCUGGCAGCGUCCCUACUGGCCCACAUGUUCCUGGGUACACUGCCCCGCCGCGGCCCCCUCACGCACCCCACCCUCACUGACCCCACCCUCGCCCCAUCAUUGGCCGCCCUCAACAGGGAGAGCCAGAAGGUGAAGAUACGGGCUUUCUUCCGCUACUUCAAGACCCUGGCGAAGGAUAAGUGUGGCGGCGAUGUGACCUUCUCCCGCAAGGUGAUGACGAGUCGGGACUGGGUUCGCCUGCAGGAGUGGGCGACGAGCAAGACGCCCCUGUGUGGAUUGGAAGUGAGGCGGGAAGGAGGCGUCACCUUGGGGCUUCCUAAACCAUCCCUCAUUACAGCCUUCACCACUGCUGACCCCGCUCUGCCCGCCCUCACCCCAGCCCCAUCACAGGCAGCGGCGGUGCUCCAGAACAGUCCCGAGGUGAUGGUGGCGGCGAUUCUGGUAGAGAGACUGGAGGAUAACGAGGCGCUGCAGGUGACAGGCGCCCUCACACCUAAACCCCCAGGCCAGGCAAGUCAUUCUCUCUUCAAACUCACCUGUGAUUCACUCCAUACAGUUAGUUGCCAGUCACUUUCGCUUUUGAUUGACUGGUUGAUGGAUUUUUUUUUUUUUUUUUUACGCAGGGAAGAGGGCCAGCCAAAGGCAAAAACACCAACCUCCUAUAACACCUUUCUUCCUGCAAGGCUGAGAGCGCAGGACUCUCCUCUGGUGACCCAUGACACCAAUCGGCCCAAGCAAGUCGAGGCUGCUGAGCAUAUCCCGGCGACGGAUGAUAAAGAAGAGAAGAGAAGCAAAGAAGAGAAGUUAGCAAAAGAAGACGAGGCGAAACCGGAACUAAAGAAGGAAAUGAAAGACAGUGAACAGAAAACGGAGGAGCACGUGACUAAAGAAGGGGUGACUCAAGGAGAUGUGGAGACGAGAGCAGCGAGUGAGCACUUCUAUGACACCAGGGAAUCGCCGAUCAACGCGCGGCGGAAAACAUCCAUCACACAGAAGAUCAAGGGCAUGCUGAGGAAGGGAGGGGACGCCAAGGCCAAGGAGAAGCAAAGAGACAAGAGUGAGGUGCGGGACAAGAGUGAGGUUCGGGACAAGAAUGAGACGAGAGGCGACGCUAGCAGCAGCAAGAGGGGGCUAUCCUUCAAGUACUACAAGCGGAAGGGCAAAGGCAAGACCAAGAGCAAGGGGAAAGAAGACCCGGCUGUGGAGAGUAAAACGGAGGCAGACUCAGCAGGAAGGCAGGAGGGUGAGCAGGGAGCAGAUGGCCCAAAAGUGACUCAAAAGGAAACAGAUCAGCAGGGGUCAGCAGUGGCGGCGCUCCAGCAGCAGAGGUUAAUUAGAGACACACAGUCAGCGACGCCACCCCGCAAGCCGGGCAAGGCUGACGGCAGGAAGUCAGCGCCGGAACCAUCCACAGCAGCAGGGGAGAAGAGCAGCGGCCUCCAGCAGCAGGACUCAGCAGGUAGCAGCUAUGUGACGGCCCAGAGUACCAUGCGACGCGCCUCCCGCAAGCCACGACUGACCCGCACCAAGCGCCUGGAGGCCUUCCCCCCCUCCUGUGACCCCGGCAGUCCCAGGUCACCACCGCCUAGUCAAACUGACGCUAAUGUUACACAGGACACCUCCAGAGGUUCACGCUGCACUGGGGAGUCGUUGAAAGGCGCGGAAGAGGAGGAGGAGGAAGACGAGGCGGAGGACGAGACGACGAGGCUCCUGAACCGCGUUCUACGAGCGAUACAGAUCCUGGAGAAGGAGCGGCCCGAGCUGGUGGAGGAGGCGGCAAAGGAGGAGGAAAAGAAGGAGAAAGAAGAGGAAGCGGCGGCGCAGAGAGCAUCAGACCACCCUCGCACAAUCGGCAGAAUGAAGGCUCCUCGGCCGCCCACGCCCCGCCCUCUGCGACACGAGACUCGUGGGAGAGGGACAGAAGCAACAGUGCGACAAGAGGACGGAGACUGGAGGAGGAGGCUUGGCAGGGAGGACAGACCAGGGAUGGGGGCGGGUGAGACAGUAGAGGUGGGGGACAGAAGGAAAAAGAUGCUUGGAAGUGAAGGACUAAGGAAUCUAUCUCAAUAUUACUCAUGCUCUGAAGAGCAACACCCCUCAUCCCCACACCAGCGCGCUGUGUCUUCCCCUCCCGCACGUAAACCUCCCCCAAUCAAACCCUCCACACUCACACAAGGCCGUCCAAUCGUCUCCCCUCUCGGUGCAUCCCACCCACGGUCACCUCCACUCUCCCCUCUGAGCAAGACCAACAAGACUUACCCAAGAACGCCGCCAGUGUCUCCCCUCAGCGCCUCACACCCUCGCUCACCUCCUCUCUCGCCUCUUAAUAGAUCUCACCCUCGCUCGCCGCCCCUCUCCCCCUUAGCGCUGCGUCGCCCUCAGAUGUCAGAGGACGACCCCUACUACAGCGCCUGCGAGAGUUUGGACGAGGAGGAAGCCCCCGCCUCGCCGCGCCCCAGAAGGCCGUCCAGGAAGCGGGGCAAGAAAUCAGCGCGCAAGUCCUCCUUCGCUGAGAGGCUAAAGGAGGCUGUGGCGCGGGAGCCUAGUCCAGACUCACAAGAGGACUUGCCUCGGAGACACAGAAUGAAUCGUCAGGAGUCCGCUGGGUUUGUCCUGGACCAGAACCUUCCUCAUUCCUUCAGUCGAGAGGAGCAGCAGCGGCAGGAGGAGGAAGAGGAGGAAGAGGAAGAGGAGGAGGAGGAAGAAGAAGACAGCUCAGAGGAUGAAGAUGAGGAUGAUGAAGGGAAAGGAAAAAGAGAAAGGACUUGUUCGUCGCGUUAUUCUUUCAGUUCCGAUUACACUUCAGAGCUGGACGAGGUGUACGAGGAGCUCGGCGCGGCCCUGCAGGGUCUGGAGGGGGGAGAGCCGCAGGGACCCCGAGUGGCCGCCCUCACCCGCCUGGCCCGGGGCAUCCUCAAGCGAGGUCUGAGUGAGUCGUUCAAGGAUGUACCGCUGGGCCUCGACGGGAGCACCCUGCGGAAUGUUCCUCAAGGGGGAGGCGAGCCGCUACUCCCACGCUCACUCUCCCUCACCGCCCGCCACUCCCAGCACGCCCGUACCGCCCCCCACUCGCCCCCGCAGUCCCAUGACUCCAAGGCACGGCGGGGUAAACCAGUGGUCACCGGGAACUGGGGCUGCGGUUCUCUCAAGGGUGAUCCCAUGCUGAAGGCCAUGAUUCAGUGGGCAGCUGCCAGUCAGGCAGGGGCGCCGCGACUCAUCUAUUGCACCUAUGGAGACCCUCAGCUGGUGAAGCUGGACACGGUGGCACGGCUGGUGAGUGACCGUGGCUGGACGGUGGGACAGCUGGUGGCCACGGUGCUGCGUUUCUGCGAGGCGAGGCUGAAGCGAGGUCCGACAGCAGGGGCGAUCCUAGAGACGGAACUCACGGAAUCAGCAGACUCCACACUUCCUGAAGCCUACAGGUAUCGCUUGAGACACGAAAACAUCAACCUCUUUGACGACCUGAUAGGACGAGAACGACCGCAAGAGGGCCUCAAGACGGAACUCUGAGCCACGCCUGUUACCUCUACACCUGUUCCACAUGUCUCACGCACACCUGCUCCACAUUUGUCUUAUGACCCUCCUUCCCUCCUUCCUGCCUUACUCGACCCGUCCUUCAUAAUACUUGACUUCCAAGCCUGCUGUGCUCCAAACCUGCUACAUGUGCAAUAUCAUGUAGCAGGGUUUGGAAGAUUAAUCAUAAGGGAAGAAUGAUUAUGUCAAGAUUAUUAUUGUUAUUAUUAUUAUUAUUAUUAUUAUUAUUAUUAUUAUUAUUAUCAUCAUUAUCAUUAUUAUUAUUAUUAUUAUUAUUAUUAUUAUUAUUAUUAUCAUUAUCAUUAUUAUUAUUAUUAUUGUUAUUAUUAUUAUUAUUAUUAGUAGUAGUAGUAUUAGUAUUAUUGUUUCAUCAUCAUCAUCAUCAUCAUCAUCAUCAUCAUUACUUGUUAAAGUGUGUGGGUUGGGGGGGGGCUCUAUAGGUGGGUGACUAUAGCUAUGUGUGUGUGUGUGUGUGUGUGUGUGUGUG